AUGCUCUAUUCUUCUGAUGAUGCUGGAAGACAAGUUAACAAUAACAACAAUACUACUACUACCUUCAACGCCAUAUUGCAAGAUACUGGGAACCUUAUGCUUGGUGAAGUGAACCAAAAUGGAUCUUUGAAGAGGAUAUUAUGGCAAAAUUUUGAUCACCUCUCACACGUUCUUAUGAUGAGAAUGAAACUAGGGUUUGACAGAAAAACUGGUCAAAAUUGUUGUGAGGCUUACUCUUAUGCUAACAUGAUGAAAGUGGCUGUGAGAUAUGAGCAGAGACUCAGCAAAAUUUGUGGUCACUGCUAUAAUUUGACAGCUGGGCUGCGUCAGAUAUACUUUCUUGUUGCCAGAAAAAAUGGAGGAAAUACUGCAAUUUCCAUUGCCUACAAUGAAAUAAAAGAAUGGAAGAAAGAUGGAAAGACCAGUGGUGAUAUGUAUAUUUUCGAUUUUCAAACUAUUCUUACUGCUAAUUUUUCUUCCACCAAUAAGAUAGGAGAGGGUGGUUUUGGAGCUGUCUACAAGGGAAAGUUGCCAAGUGAAGAAGAGGUAGCCAUUAAGAGACUUUCCAAGGUUUGA